AUGUUAGGUUAACAAGAGUUUCGUGCAACUACACCAAUUGGGUAUGAUGAAUUUUUUAAUUUAUUAAAAUGUUUUUAAAGUAUCUUUGAAGGAAGGUAUAUAUCCAAUAAGAGAGCAGAACAACAAAAGAGAGAAUAUGUUGUAAAGUUCAUAUUAUAAUUUUACAUAAAAUCGCGAUAAUAUGCAGCUUACUAACGCAAAUAUUUCAGGUCUAAUUUAAAUUAAUUUCUUUGGAUAGAUAACAGAAAUUUAAAUAUCCCAUAAUUAAUUUCAUAUUACUACAAUUGUGAUCGAUAAGAAUACCUAUCCAAAUUGGCUUCCUCCUAAAAUGAACAGUUGAAAAAUGAAUAGAGCUCAAAAUCAUUAGGUAAAUAGAAAGAUCCAGUCCCACCAAAGGAUGUACAAGAAAUAACAUAUAAAAUAGUUUAGGGAAUAAUAGACUAAUGA